GACAGCUCUGAGUGUUGAAGGAACAGAGCAAUGCCUUGGAUACAGGCCCUACCACCCACAGCCCAUUGAAUCUUGGAAAGUGAUCCUUCCUUGGAAGAAGCUUAACUAAGAAGAAGGAAAGACAGAAGAACUUGGGUGCUGUGAUAGAGCUGUAGCCCUUCUCCACAGAGGGAGAACAGCACAGCCAGAAGAGAGAUGGAAGCAUCCUCUGUGCUUCCUUGCAAGUGGUGUAUCCGCUUGGAGGGGCUCUUGAUCACAGCCUCCCUUUUAACCUGCUGGUACCUGCCUACCACUGCAGAAAUAACCGCUGAAUUAGUGCCACCUCAAGUGAUUGAAGGAGAAAAUGUUCUCAUACGUAUUGACAAUCUACCAGAGAAUCUUGUAACUUUAGUCUGGUUAAGAGGAGCGGGGAUUAAGAGCCCUCGAAUUGGACAAUAUACACUGCCCACUAAUGCUACUGUGCUGGGGCAUGGUCACAGUGGAAGAGAGACUUUGUACAGCAAUGGAUCCCUGCAGAUCUACAAUGUCACCCAGGAGGAUAUAGGGUUCUACAGCCUACAAAUCAUAAAUAGAUAUGCAGACAUUGUAUCAAUAAUAUCCAUAUAUCUCAAUGUGUACUCAUCUCUUUGGACAUGUGAGCACCCUUCUCCCUAUGGCAAGCUCACCAUUGAAUCAGUCCCACCCAGAAUUGCUAAAGGGGGAAAUGCUCUUCUAUGGGUUCACAAUCUCCCAAAAAAUCUUCUAUCCCUUUUCUGGUACAAAGGGGUGGUUGCAGUGAAGAAAUUUGAGGUUGCCAAGUACAUCAAAGCCACAAAUUCAAGUGUUCCAGGGCCUGCACACAGUGGUCGAGAGACAGUACACAGCAAUGGGUCCCUGCUGCUAAAGAAGGUCACACAGAGUGAUAGUGGAUUCUAUACUCUACGAACUAUAAGUACAGAUCUGAAAGACGAAGUAGCACAUGUGCAACUCCACCUGGACACUUCCCUUUCUACUUGCUGUCACCGUUUGCAAGUCAAGAUUGAAUCAGUUCCUCAGAAUGUUGCUGUAGGAAAAAGUGUUCUUCUCCUAGUUCAUAAUUUGCCAGAUGAUUUUCAAGCAUUUUUCUGGUACAAAUCAGUAUAUAAGAGUGAUCCAUUCAAAAUUGCAGAAUACAACAGAGCAUUGGAUACCACCAUCCUUGGGAUGGCAUACAGUUUAAGAGAGAUGGUAUACACCAAUGGAUCGCUGUUGAUAGUUAAUGUCAUUGAGGAGGAUGCAGGAUUUUACAUGUUCGAAAUUUUAAGAAAUGACUUCAAAAUUGAAAACGCCUAUGUUCAACUCCAUGUAAAUCGCUUUGUUUCAAACUCCAUGGACUCCCCCUCCCCUGGACAGCUCAGUAUAGAAUCGGUGCCACCCAGCAUUGCUGAAGGUCAAAGUGUUCUUCUACAGGUUCACAAUCUCCCAAAAAACCUUCUAUCCCUUUUCUGGUACAAAGGGGUGAUUGCAGAGAAGAAAUUUGAGCUCAUCCAACACAUAAUAGCCACAAGUUCAAGUAUUCCAGGGCCUGCACACAGUGGUCGAGAAACAAUGUACAGCAAUGGAUCCCUGCUGCUCCAGAAGGUCAUACAGAAUGAUAGUGGAUUCUAUACUCUACAAACUAUGAAUACAGAUCUGAAAGAUGAAGUGGCGUAUGUGCAACUCCAGCUGGACACCUCCAUUUCUACUUGCUGUCACCCUUUGCAAGUCAAGAUUGAAUCAGUCCCACAGAGUGUUGCUGUAGGGAAAAGUGUUCUUCUCCUAGUUCAUAAUUUGCCAGACAACUUUCAAGCAUUUUUCUGGUACAAAUCAGCAUAUAGGUCAGAUAAAUUCAAAAUAUUAGAAUACAGCAAAGUCUUUGAUUCUAUCAUCUCGGGGCCUGCAUACAGUGGAAGAGAGAUGAGUUACACAAAUGGAUCCCUGUUGAUACUUGAUGUCACGGAGAAUGAUGCAGGAUUUUACAUGCUAGAAAUUUUAAGCAAAGACUUCAAAAUGGAAAAAGUCCAUGUUCAACUCCGUGUAAAUCCCCCUGUUUCAAACUUCAAGGACUCUUCCUCCACUGCACAGCUCAGUAUUGAACCCUUGCCACCCAGUGUUGCUGAAGGUGAAAGUGUUCUUCUGCUGGUUCACAAUCUCCCAAAAAAUCUUCUAUCCCUUUUCUGGUACAAAGGGAUGAUUGCAGUGAAAAAAUUUGAGCUCAUCCAACACAUAAUAGCCACAAGUUCAAGUGUGCUAGGGCCUGCACACAGUGGUCGAGAGACAGUGUACAGCAAUGGAUCCCUGCUGCUCCAGAAGGUCACACAGAAUGAUAGUGGAUUCUAUACUCUAAGAACUAUGAGUACAGAUCUAAAAGAUGAAGUAGCUCAUGUGCAACUCCAGCUGGACACCUCUACUUGCUGUAACCGUCUCACCUCUGACCAACUCAGGAUUGAACCGGUGCCUCAGAAUGUUGCUGUGGGGAAAAGUGUUCUUCUCCUCAUUUAUAAUGUGCCAGAAGACAUUCAAACACUUUUCUGGUACAAAUCAGUGUAUAGGUCAGACAUAUUUAAAAUUGCAGAAUAUAGCAGAGCCAUGGAAUCCACUAUCUGGGGACUUGCACACAGUGGAAGAGAGAUGGUGUAUACGAAUGGAUCCCUGAUGAUCCAGAAUGUCACUGAAAAUGAUGCAGGAUUGUAUAUGUUAGAAAUUCUACAUAAGGACUUCAAAACUGAGAGAACACAUGUGCAAGUCCAUGUAAAUAACCCUGUUUCACGGCCUUUUGUGCGAGUCACUGAAACCACAGUCAGAGUACAGAGCUCAGUGGUCUUCACUUGCUUCUCAGCUGACCCUGGAAUCUCCAUCCGUUGGCUCUUCAAUAAGCAGAUUCUACAGCUCACAGAAAGGAUGACACUUUCCCCGUCAAAGUGCCAACUCACCAUAGAUCCUGUCUGGAGGGAGGAUGCUGGAAAAUAUCAAUGUGAGGUCUCCAACCCAGUCAGUUCAAAGACCAGUCUCCCAGUCAGUUUGGCUGUGAUGGAUGUGGAAGAGUGACGUCUCUCCCCUCGUUGUACAGCAGAGUGGGGUCAUUUCCUGAUGGAUGGGGUGCAAAUGGAGAUGAGCUAUUUUGUAAAAAUUGUCAGUUACCACUCACUGAUGUACUGCCUUCAUGGUUACU